CCGUUGAAUCUCCUCGACCUCCCGGCGCUCCGAGUCUCCGCUGUCAUUGUGGCCGUUUAGAAACGCACAUGCGGUUGGUCGUUCGCCCGGUAACGGAGUCUACGUUGCGAUGAGUGCUUUCUGCCGCCUGCUCCACCGAGGGCUGCUGAGUCUGCGGCCGUCGUGCCGCGUGUUCCCCGGACAGCAAGACCUGUACGGGGGCCCCCCGAGAGCCCCGGUGGCUCUCGCGGUCCGGACAGCCAGCUCAUCCAGCCCGGUGAACUUGACCUACGAUGUCUUCGAUGGGAAGGGGGAGAGCACUCCCCUGGUGUUUCUUCACGGCCUUUUUGGCAGCAAAUCGAACUUCCACUCAAUCGCGAAGUCCUUGGUGCAGCGCACAGGCCGAAAGGUGCUGACUGUAGAUGCCCGUAACCACGGCAACAGCCCUCACAGUUUGGAGCUGACCUAUGAAGCGAUGACCAACGACUUGACGCACCUCCUCGCCCAGCUGCACAUUGACAAGUGUGUCCUCAUCGGUCACAGCAUGGGAGGGAAAACGGCCAUGACGACCGCCCUGUCGCAGUCUGGUUUAGUGGAGCGGCUGGUGGUCGUGGACAUCAGUCCAGCCCAGACCACCACACGCACCAACUUUCGCUAUUACAUCCAGGCCAUGAAGGCGGUGCAGAUCUCCAGUGACAUCCCACGCUCCACCGCCAGGCGGAUGGCUGAGGAUCAGCUGCGCAGCUUAGUCAAGGAGCGCUCAGUGCGUCAGUUCCUGCUCACUAACCUGGUGGAACAGAAUGGCCACUACGGCUGGAGGGUCAACCUGGAGGUCAUCUCGGCGCACCUUGAAGACAUCAUGAGCUUCCCCAGCUUCGACACGGUCUAUGACGGACCUACAUUGUUUUUGGGGGGAGCCAGUUCUGCUUAUAUCAGCUCUGACGAUUACCCAGAAAUCCAUAGGCUGUUCCCUAACGCCGACAUCCAGUACAUCCCAGAUGCGAGCCACUGGAUCCACGCAGAUAAACCCUUAGACUUCAUCAGCUCCGUCGGCUCCUUCCUCCAGUCCUAGCUGCCUCCUGCCUCCACCUCGGGACCUUUUCAAUGCUCAGCACUCCUGAGCGAGCCCGCACUGAAAAUGACGGUUAGUAUUCUGCAGCCUCAGCAAGAGCAAGUGGAGCCAUGAAUUAUGCUAAUAUUUGCCAACACUGGACCAAAUGUACUCUACAGCAGCCAAUCCUCCUCCUAACAGUAUUAGCGUAGCGCAGCAGAAGAUUUAUUUUGCUUUCUGCUAGACGGGGUAGUCUAACCAGAUUGGCUGCUUCUUAGACGUGUCAUUGAUUUAUUGGUCGGUACGUUGACAAUAUAUAAUUUAAUGGGGCUGUUUUGGAGGCGAUGUACUAAUCCAAAGACGCUCUCAUUUGCAGAGUGCUUUCUUUAUGUUAUGCCAGUAGGAAUCGCAGCGUUAGGCCGAGUGUAAUCUGGGACUGCUGAGGUGGACACGCAGUAAAACGGUUGGAUAAUUCAUUUUUGACGGCACUGGAAUGGAACAAAUAGUGUAUGAGAAGCCGAGUUAAGAAUAUUCUGAGAAAAAGAGAUGUUUCUUUGCCGAGGGAGUUUGGAGGUUUGGCUCUGCAGAGACUUUACGUGUACAGAUGGUUUGUUGUAGAGACUUAUUUUGAUGUUGAUAAUUGUAAUGUAGAUUCGAUAUUUUGGCCAUGGAACUAUUUCUCAAGGUCCUGUGCACCUGCUGGAUGUCAGAGAUGAGGAUGUACAGGUCAAUGACUCGAGGUUAUAUUUGUAUGGCAACAUAAUCUAUGAUCUAUAAACAUAUUCUAUGAAAACCAAUCUGAAACACUUAAAUGCGGUAUUAUCACAAUCUGUUUCCUGAAUAUCUCAGGUUAUAAGUGGAUAUGCUAAUAAUUAAUCGAUUAUACUCUUCUCCUGUCUGUCAAUAAGCCGUGGUAAUGUCGUUAUGUCUUUGUAUUUGUCCACAGUGUUUUGAUUAAACAUGUUUUUCCGAUUUUUUUUAUCUGUAUCUCACUUAUCUUUCCAGCUAAAGGCAAGGCUCUAUGGGUAUCUCACAAGUAGAUGCUGCAAUGUGUCGUUAUCUAGUCUUAAUAGUGUUAUCAUUUUAUUUCCGUUUCCUUCGUUUGGAGCCAGUCCCGUCGUGAAACUGCCAUCUGUAUGAAUAAGCAGGGUGUCGUAAAGGUGUGCCUCUUGUCGAGAGCUCCUUUUUUCCAUUUCUGUAAGUCUUGAUGAGAAAAUUGUUUAAAAAAAAACUACAUUUGUAUUCUUCAAAAAUAACUAGCGGACUUUUUCGAUUGGCAGCUGGGUUGCCAGUUCUGUGUGCGGUCUCUGGAGGAGGAAGCUGAACGGAUGAGGGCGUGUCCCUUCAUGGCGCUCGAUGUUUACAACAAUCGGUGUUUUAUGUUCGUUUGAUGUGAAUACAGAAGUCUGAAAAGGCUUCAAACGAUCGGAUUUGAGUUGAGUAAAAACCCUCAUUAUUUUUUUAUAAAGUUAGUGGAGAAGCAUCAUUUACACCCCCCCCCCCCUCUCCCUCCUCAACUACAGGACAGAUUUGUCUUGUUGCACAUUAUGAAGUGAUGUUGGAGUGCAGGCUGCAGCUUCUGUAGCGUUGCACUGGGGCGAGUAUCUCUCUCUAAGGGGGGGAACGCUCUGUGUCAACAAUAUAGGCAAUUGAAUUUAUUCAAUCAUAUUGAAAAGCUGUUAGACUGUAAUCCUCUGUUCAGGGUUUGAAUAUUGUUCCACUAUGAGCAUGCCUUUUCUCUUAUCAGGUGUAACUUUGCUGUGCUAUCUACGUCUCAGUUUGUUCAACACGUCGUCACAAUGGUGGCACUCAUCCUCGAUAUUACAUUUGAAAUCUGACAAAGAAGCAUAUAGGAGGAGUGGGUUAAUUAUAUAUAAUUGAAAAUGUACAAAAUAUUAUACAAUAAAAUGACAAAUCUGUGACAAAGUU